ACUCGAUUCUCUACUCAACAAAAACAUUCCACAAAAAAAAAAAAAAAAAAUUUAUCAAGUUGAAAAAAUGGAUCAAGAACGUAACACGAACAUGGACAUAGAGAAGGAAUCAACAACAUUCGACUACUCCAAACGCGCUCAAUGGCUACGCGCCGCCGUGCUCGGAGCCAACGACGGUCUCGUCUCCACCGCGUCGUUGAUGAUGGGAGUUGGCGCCGUGAAACAAGAAGUCAAGGCUAUGAUUCUCUCUGGAUUCGCCGGAAUGGUGGCCGGAGCUUGCAGUAUGGCUAUCGGAGAGUUCGUCUCCGUUUACUCUCAAUACGACAUAGAGGUAGCUCAGAUGGAGAGAGAGAGCGGAGAGAUAGAGAAAGAGAAGCUUCCAAGUCCGCUACAAGCAGCGGCUGCGUCUGCGCUUGCGUUCUCUGCGGGUGCGAUUGUGCCGCUUUUGGCGGCUGCGUUUGUGAAGGAGUAUAGAGUGAGGAUCAUUGCGGUUGUGGCUGCGGUUACGGUGGCGCUUGUGGUAUUCGGGUGGUUAGGAGCGGCGUUAGGGAAGGCGCCGGUGGUUAGGUCAUCGGCUAGGGUUUUGUUUGGAGGAUGGUUAGCUAUGGCGAUUACGUAUGGCUUGACUAAGCUUAUUGGGUUUCAUGGACUUUGAAUUGUUAGUGGUGACAUCUUAAGGUAUGUGUUGAAUAUCUUAGAGUGAAUUUCAGUUAGAAAUCUAUGAACACUUAACGUGUGGUUACUGUUCGUGAACACACUCUUUUUACUUUAAAUCUUCAUACCAUCGUAACACAGAUUAUUAAAGCUACAAGCAUGUCAUGUUUUAAUUUUCAACAUGUAAUUUUCAAUUUGGUAAUGAGGUUAACGUUUAUAUUGUAAAGUUAUUUAUGAAACGAUGAUGGUUUGUUUUUUAUUUUAUAUAAUUUAAGGCAACGUUUGUUUCGGUAAUAAAA